AUCCACUUCUCCUCACACAAUUCAAAUUACCUACAAACUUCUCAAAUUUUCUCUCAGAUUUCCUCAACAAUGGCACCACCAAAGGCAGAGAAGAAGCCAGUAGCCGAAAAAGCCGAGAAAUCAUCAAAGGCCGGAAAAAAACUCCCAAAAGACGCUGCCGUUGCUGGUGACAAAAAAAAGAAGAGAUCAAAAAAGUCUAUUGAAACCUACAAGAUUUACAUCUUCAAGGUUCUCAAGCAAGUUCAUCCCGACAUCGGUGUUUCAAGCAAAGCUAUGGGUAUUAUGAACAGUUUUAUUAAUGAUAUAUUUGAGAAGCUUGCUCAAGAAUCUUCCAGAUUGGCUAGGUAUAAUAAGAAGCCUACGAUUACUUCAAGGGAAAUUCAGACUGCUGUGAGACUUGUACUUCCUGGUGAAUUGGCUAAGCAUGCUGUAUCUGAAGGCACUAAGGCUGUUACCAAAUUCACCAGCUCUUAGAAUUUUAUUUUUAUCUGUUUGGUUUAGUGAUAUAAAGAAGAAAAAUUGGUUGGUUUUCGGCAUAGAGUUUUACAAUACUGCAUUUUGUAACUAUUUUUCCCUCUGUUUUGACUGUGAAAUAUUAAUGUAAGGGAAACUUCAUUUACCAUUCUUA